AGUCAAAGUAUUCAAAGGAAACAAAGAACCAAAUCUUAAUUCUUAGAGACUAAGCAAACCUUCACAUCACAUCCCCAAAAAUUAAGUUAUCGAAAAAGGGAAGUGAUGCCGGAGCCGGGAUCACGGUGGUGGACGGUGCCGGAGAUGGUCGGAAUUCUGUCAAACAAGAUCCAAAAGGAUGAACUCAAGCCAGGAGAUCACAUUUAUUCAUGGCGAAACGCGUACCUCUACGCUCAUCACGGUAUAUAUGUUGGCGAUGGUAUGGUCAUCCAUUUCACUCGAGGUGCAGGUCAAGAGGUUGGAACUGGCACAGUGUUAGACCGCUUCAUAUUCAGCUCAUCUCCUUCGCGCCCCUCUGACUCCCCAUGUCCAAGGUGUGGUGAUCAAUCAAAGGCCGAAGGUGUUAUGUCAUCAUGCCUUGAAUGUUUUCUUUAUGGGGGUGAACUCUAUCUUUUUCAGUAUGGUGUCUCCCCAGGCCUAUUUAUUGCUAAAACUCGAGGAGGAACAUGCACUCUUGCCCCUUCUGAUCCACCGGAGCACGUCCUGCACCGUGCGGAAUUUCUCCUUCAAAAUGGUUUUGGGGUAUACAACAUUUUCAAGAACAACUGUGAGGAUUUCGCUAUCUACUGCAAGACCGGUUUGCUAGUCUUUACAAAUAUCAGUGUAGGUCGGAGUGGGCAGGCAACAUCCUUUUUAGCUGCCACAACUGCUAUUGUUUCAUCACCACUGCGCUUUCUGACUACAAGCGUUUCUGGUCUAGCCGCUGUGGGUUAUGGGGUUUACUGUGUCAGCCGGUUUGUUUCUGAUAUUGGAGUACGUCGUGAUGUCACGAAGAUCCCUGUUGAGAGACUUGUCGUAUGCCCUGGUUCUCAAGAGUCUGAGC